AUGGCCAAGUUCUCCUUCGCCGACGCUGCCGACGAAGACCAUCCUCCCGCUCCCGCUCCCGCCGCCGACACCGCUGACGCCGGGGGCGUCGCCAAGAGGAAGCGUGACGGCGACGGCGGCCCUGACGACGGCGCGGUCAGUGGUGGAUCAACCUCCAAGGCCCGGAAAUUGGAUGGCGUCGGCGGGGAGCGGGCACUGGCGGGGGACGGCGGGUGCGGUCGGGAGGUGCGGAGGGUCGGCGGGGACGGCGACGCGGGGAUCAGCAUGCGGGUCGACCCCGACUUGCUCGACUGUUCCAUCUGCUUCGAGCCCCUCUGCCCUCCGCUGUACCAGUGCCAAAAUGGCCAUGUUGCAUGCAUCUCCUGCUGGUCAAGGCUCAACAACAAGUGCCAUGUCUGUUCUAACAACGCUAUCUUCACGCGAAACAUCGCGCUGGAAAAGAUUGUUGAGUCCGUCAAGUCCUCCUGCGCAUACGCCAAGUGGGGCUGCUGCAACCUGGUUAGCUAUGCACAGAGAAGCACCCACGAAGAAGCCUGCCUCUUUGCUCCUUCGACAUGCCCUAUUCCUGGAUGUGGAUAUAGAGGCUUCACUGGAUGUUGGUCAGGUCACUUCCUUGUCGACCAUAGUGCUGAUUUCUUGCAUUUCGUCUACGACCAGCACUUCGAAGUGAAUCUGGAGGUGUCCCUGCCUUUUCUAGUUCUUCUUGGAGAGGACGAUCACCUCUUCCUGCUCCUGAACAAGAACAUGAUGCCCUUCGGGCAUGCAUUUACGGUAGUUUGUCUGAGGACCGGUAAUCUGAAUUGGAAAUUCUCCUACGAAAUUAAAGCGGCUAGUAAGGGGAACUCUGAAAAUUCCCUGCAGCUGAGGGCUUCUGUCACAAAUACAAAGGAGUGGGGUGGUGUGCACCCUGCAGAAGCAUUUCUUCUUGUUCCAUAUGAUUUCUGCGGUUCUGCUAGCCUAACACUCGAUGUCUCUGUUGCGAGGUCUGCUUGUGUAUGAUGUGAAUAGGUCAUGUCCCCUUCUUUGUGCUCUGAAAUGUAAAAAGUGUGUAGGACUGUAAAUUUAUUAUGUAAAGUAGUUUCAGCAUGUACAUGUAUAUGUAAAAGCACCGGUUCGAGCUGCCUA